AUUCGGCGCCUGGUCGCGCGCGUUGGUACGGCUGUGGAUUCUCGCGCCGGGAGUGGGCAGGCGCCCCGGGCUCUAGCUCUCUCCGCGCAGCCGAUUCCUCCUCCGCCCUCGCUCACCUGCUCGCCAUGGAGUCCUUGGCUUUCCCCCGGCGCCUCGGCCCGGCUCCCUCGGCCACCGCUGCCCUGGCCGCGGAGCUCGUUCGGCCUUUGGCCGAAGGGCUCCUCAAGUCGCCCAAGCCCCUAAUGAAGAAGCAGGCAGUGAAGCGGCACCACCACAAGCACAACCUGCGACACCGCUACGAGUUCCUGGAGACCCUGGGCAAGGGGACCUACGGGAAGGUGAAGAAGGCGCGGGAGAGCUCGGGGCGCCUGGUGGCCAUCAAGUUGAUCCAGAAAGACAAAAUCAAAGAUGAGCAAGAUCUGAUGCACAUUCGGCGAGAGAUUGAGAUCAUGUCGUCACUCAACCACCCCCACGUCAUUGCCAUCCACGAAGUGUUUGAGAGCAGCAGCAAGAUCGUGAUCGUCAUGGAGUACGCCAGCCGGGGCGACCUAUACGACUACAUCAGUGAGCGGCAGCGGCUCAGCGAGCGCGAAGCCCGGCAUUUCUUCCGGCAGAUUGUCUCCGCCGUGCACUUCUGCCACCAGAACAGGGUUGUCCACCGGGAUCUCAAGCUGGAGAACAUCCUCUUAGAUGCCAGUGGAAAUAUCAAGAUCGCUGACUUUGGCCUCUCCAACCUCUACCACCAAGGCAAGUUCCUGCAGACAUUCUGUGGGAGCCCCCUCUACGCCUCGCCCGAAAUCGUCAACGGGAAGCCCUACACGGGCCCAGAGGUGGACAGCUGGUCCCUGGGUGUUCUCCUGUACAUCCUGGUGCAUGGCUCCAUGCCCUUUGAUGGGCAGGACCAUAAGACGCUGGUGAAACAGAUCAGCAAUGGGGCCUACCGGCAGCCGCCUAAACCCUCUGACGCCUGUGGCCUGAUCCGGUGGCUAUUAAUGGUGAACCCUACCCGCCGGGCCACCCUGGAGGAUGUGGCCAGUCACUGGUGGGUCAACUGGGGCUACGCCACCCGUGUCGGGGAGCAGGAAGCUGUGCACGAGGGAAGGCGCACCGGCAGCGACUCUGGCCGGGCCUCCGUGGCUGACUGGCUCCGGCGGUCCUCCCGCCCCCUCCUGGAGAACGGGGCCAAGGUCUGCAGCUUCUUCAAGCAGCAUGCGCCUGGAGGCGGGAGUCUCGCCCCUGGCCUGGAGCGCCAGCAUUCGCUCAAGAAGUCCCGCAAAGAGAAUGACAUGGCCCAGACUCUCCAGGGGGACCCAGCUGCUGACGCCUCCCCUCGCCCUGGCAAGGGCAACCUCAAGCUGCCGAAAAGCAUUCUCAAGAAGAAGGCAUCAACCUCCUCGGAAGGGGCAAGGGAGGACCCUGAGCUUGGCCCCGUCCCUGCGAGCUCAGGACAGGCUGCCCCCCUCCUCCCCAAGAAGGGCAUCCUCAAGAAGUCUCGCCAGCGGGAAUCCGGCUACUACUCCUCUCCUGAACCCAGUGAGUCUGGGGAGCUCUUGGAUGCAGGGGACGUGUUUGUAAGUGGGGACGCCAUGGAGCACACGCCCCCCCAAGCCUCAGGGCUGCUGCUCCAUCGCAAGGGCAUCCUCAAACAUAACGGCAAGUUCUCCCACGCAGCCCUGGAGCUCACAACCCACACCACUUUCGGUUCUUUGGAUGAACUGGCCUCACCUCACCCUCCAGCCCGGGCCAGCCUCCCCUCGGGGGCAGUGAGUGAGGAGAGCAUCCUGUCCUCUGAGUCCUUUGACCAGUUGGACUUGCCCGAACGGCUCCCUGAGCCCCCACUGCGGGGCUGUGUGUCUGUGGACAACCUCAUGGGGCUUGAGGAGCCCCCCUCAGAGGGCCCUGGAAGCAGGGGCGUGAGGUGCUGGCGGCAGGACCCCCUGGGGGACAGCUGCUUUUCCCUGAUGGACUGCCAGGAGGUGACAGAGACCUACCAACAGGCACUGGGGGUCCGCUCAAAGCUCAGCUGAAGGUGUGGGGCAUUGCCCCAUCCUGGCUGGCUCUAAGAUGCAGCUGGCUGCACCCUGAGGGGAAAAUGCCUUCUUCCCUGCCUCCCAGGACCAGCAUCCCAGCCCAGAAGGCUGGGAUGGUUUGCAAUUGAGCCCUGGGGAGGGCUGGAUGUGGAAAGUGGGCAAGUGAAGUACACUGAGGGUUCAAUGUCUUCAGCCGCAUGGAACCAAGAAGGUAGUAGAAGGGAAAUGAGUAGAGAAGUAGAGAGGAAGGCCCAAGGCUGAGUCCAGGUUGCCUGUUUCUUGUACACAUAGUAGGGCCACAGAGAGCUGGAAAGAGCACUCUCAGCGCCCAGCUCCUAUAAAGAGGAAGUUUUGUGAUUGGUGCCUUCCUGCCAAGGCGGGGAUGGAAACUCUUUAUUCACAUACACAUUCCCAUCUCCACCAACCACUCAAACUGGAGUGUGGCACCCCCCUAAUGUGCCUGGGGUGUCCUGGGAAUUGUCUUCUAGAGUGUGCCCUUCCUUAUUUAUCUGAGCAGUAAGAGAACACAGCCUCUGUUUCCUCAAAGUUUCUCUCCCCUUUCUCAUCCUCCAAACCUGGCCCAAGCCUCCUGGAGUCGCUGCUAUGAAUCUAAAAGACUUGAAAAGCCUCAGGCUGCUAUUGGACAUCAUCUCAAGGGGCCCAGAUUCCCCUGGACCCCACCUUGGACCUCAAAGACUCUGAACUUCUCUAGCCUCCAAGCUGCUCCCGCUACUGAGAAUGGAUGUAUCUGUUUCUCUGGGCUUUCAGGGCCUAGAAUGUUCUUAUUUAUUUUUAUGUUUUCAGCUCUGCAUUUUAAAAAUAGUGAAUCUUACUGUUUUCAAUAAUGUGAAUACUAUGUUCUGGGGAAAUGCACUAUGACAUGUAAGUUUUGUGUAAAGGGAGAUAUUUUUGCAAUGAUUCCCUACUGAUCAAGGGGAAGCCGGGGGCCUUUUAUAAAUCUACAUGUCCCAUCGCACUAUCUGGAAGGGGUCUCUGGCUCCCUCACUCCACGCCCUGUUUCCAUCUACCUGAUGGUCCCUCUUCCCUUCUGUGGUGGCUAGAAAGAGCCACCCCAUUAAAAACCAGAACGAUGAUUGGAAAA